CUUUUUCGAUCUCCUCUUCUCUUCUGUUCUUCCUCCUUUGUUCUCCCUCCUUCCGUCCCCCACAUUUUUCUCCCUCCUUUCUUCUUCUCCAUUCUUUUUCAUUUUCCUGUCAUCUUUCGUUGCUAUUAUUGAAGUUAUCGAGGUGGUUGGGUGAAGCUGUUGGUCGGCGUUUGAAGUUGUUCGUAGUGGUUGAAGUUCUCAUUUGUGGUGGGUGAAACCUUGCCAUGGUGCGCCGUCGUCUGGUGGUCUGCCGUGGGAUGAGUUGGUGGAGCAGAGCACACAGGGUACAUUCACUCCCGAGGGCCGUGAGGACAUAUUGGCAGUUGCCAUUGGUCAUCCAGAGCAUUCUGGCCGUGUUCGAGGAGUUGGUAAAUUUAUUGGCAUUCGUCAAUUCUUUGGUCCUCCAACAAGUCAUCAUAGUAAAGUCCAUGUCAAUAAAGAGGUCCUCAAGGGUAUCAGAGAAGAAAUUAGACAGGAGAUGAAGGAGGAAAUGAGGGAGGAGAUCAGCAAGAUGAAGAAAGAAUACGGUGAUAUUCGGGCACAAUUAAAGAAGGAGUACUCUGAUAUGCGGGUACAAUUGUUAGCAGAAAUGCGAGCAGAAUUAGCCUCCCCUUUAGGCCAGCCUAGGAAUCCUCCUCAACCCACUCCUCUUUGUAAGGAAAGUUGUGAUGUUUCCCCUCAAUACACCUCUUCCACUGUUAAUGCAAACUACGAGUUGUUCAGUGAUGAUGCCUUACAAUGUUUGGUGGCCUUAGGUAAAAUGUAUACAUUGGGGUCAACCAUACACCAUGAAACCAUUACAACUAAUAUGAUAAGGGUGGUGGUUGUAGACGUACGAGUUGCUAAUGCUCGAGUUCCUGUGCCCACUCAAGAGGUUCAGAUAGUGGGACAGGCUCCUGGAAAUUUUAUCCUUUGGCCUAUCAGAUUAUCGAGAGCAAUUGUAAAGGAGGUUGAAGCACAUGGGGAGGCAAAUGUGAAUGAAUCGCUACAAAUAUCGUCACAAUCACCACAACUGCCACAACACACAAUUUUAGAAAAACUUGGUGGGUUGGCAGUGAAGAUCUCCCUUUCUCCUAUAGAGAUACAAAUGCCUCCUGAAGUCACAAACAAAACAUUUUCGCUCUCUUUCUUUAUAUGUCAGAGGCAUAUUUUUGAUAUUCUCUCUGGGACCGAUAUGUUAUGUAUUUCAGUACUACAACUAUGGUUAUUGUAUUUACAUCAGUUGAGCAUUGAAAGGAAAAAUGAUCACAUUUAUGGUUUUAUUGAUCCUGUUGUCAUUCAAGAAGUUGGGAAUAAAAGUGAAGAGGUCCAAAAGUACCUCUUAGAGGCUUUUGAAAAGGGAAAAAAGGAAGUCUACUUAGCACCCUAUUUGCAACAGGGUCAUUGGCAAUUGUUACUAAUUCUUCCUCAACAGUUUCUUGUGGUUCUCUUGUGUUCAUUACACAGAAAACCUCACACUUUGGCAAUUAAGAGUACAUUAAUAUCAGUGGUUAAAGCAUAUUCAAGGUUGCAGGGAACACAUAUCGGCUCUAGAAAUAAGUUGAAGUUCAUUGCACCAACUUGCUCACGUCAAACGGGGAGCUUUGAGUCCGGGUAUUAUGUCAUGAGGCACAUGCAGAAAAUUAUAUCCGCAAAUGUUGUUGACUCAUGGAAUUUGAUAUUUGAUGACACGUCUCCAAUGGAACAACAUGUCAUAAAGGAUGUUCGAGAAGAGUGGGCUGCAUUUCUUUUAACCGUUUAUAGAUGAUUAGAUGUUUUAAUAUUACAUUUUGAGUUGAGAAAUUAUUUUGUUUAAUUAUGUCAUGGAAAUAUA